AUGUCGGGCGUCCUGAACGCCGAUCGCGGGCGCGGGAUGAUGAAGAUCUAUCACGCGAGCUCGAUCGCGCUCGCCGCGCUCGCGCCAGCGGCGGCGGCGAUGCCCGAGGGACAGCUCGCGAUCGACGUCGCGCUCGGCGCGGCGAUGCCGGUGCACUCGCACAUUGCGAUGAAUUUCAUCAUCAGCGAUUACGUGCCGAAGGGGGCGCGAGGACCGACGAGAGCGGCGACGCUCGCGCUGACGGCGGCGACGGCGGUGGGAUUGUUUAAAUUGAACACGCAGGGCGACGGGAUCACGCGAACGGUGAAAUCACUGUGGAAGGCGUGA